AUGGUCUCCGAGGUGAAGGCUGCGCGAGCUCCCAUUCAUGGCGACUCGGUCUGUGCAACGAAUAUUGGCACACAACCCGGCUAUGAGCAACCAAGUAUGGAGCUGGAAUCACACAGACCCCAGGAAUUUGAGCGAGGACCGCGUUUUUGGGUCAUCAUUAUAGGCCUAGGAAUUUCGACCCUGCUCGCCUCUUUAGAGCAUACAGUUGUGACAACCUCGGCUCCAAGAAUACUGGAAGAGCUUCAGAUGCGGGAAGACUUCAUUUGGGUUACAAAUGCUUUCUUCGUCAGCAGCGCCUCCCUCACACCACUGAUCGGGCAAAUGUGCAAUAUCUUUGGUCGUAGAUGGGUCUUCUUAUUAAUCAUAGCGUUAUUCACUCUGGGGAGUGGCGUAUGUGGUGGCGCCACUAGCGGAGGAAUGCUCAUUGCCGGUCGUGCUAUACAAGGGGCAGGUUCUGGUGGUAUCGUACUGACAGUUAACAUCAUCGUGUCGGAUUUGGUACCGCUGAGAAACAGAGGCACAUAUAUGGCUAUCAUAUUGGCCAUAUUCGGCAUCGGAAUUGCUGUGGGCCCCUUCAUCGGCGGUGCAAUUGCGGAAGCUACUACAUGGCGUUGGGUCUUCUUUAUCAAUCUGCCUAUCGGUGGAUAUUCAUUAAUUCCGCAAGCUGUGGCAGGAAUCCCUGGCGCUGCAAUCUCUGCCGCUUCGCUGAGCAGAUGGGGCAGAUUCAAGGCUCUCCAGUUCGCGGGAUUCGCAGCCACGACAAUGGGAAUGGGCCUGUUAUCAAUGCUGUGGGAAGGCACCUCUGUUGCCGAAUGGGCUACCUUUCAAUGUAUCGCUGCUCUCGGUAUUGGAAUCGUCAUUGACGCCUUGCUUCCAGCAUUCCAGGCACCCUUAGAUGAAGCGGAUCAGGCGGCAGCUACUUCAGCAUGGGGUUUUAUACGCGCUUUCGGAAGCAUCUGGGGUGUGGCGAUUCCGGCCGUUAUCUUUAACAACCGGAUCGACGAAAUGUUGAAGACCAUAUCCGCUCCUACAGCACGGAAAUUGUUGGCAUCUGGUGGCGCAUACCAACAAGCUUCAGCGGCCUUCGUGAUGCAGUUUCCUCAAUCCGUCCAGGACGAGAUUCGCGCGGCAUAUAGAGAAGCACUUCAACGUGUAUUCUGGAUUGGUGCCAUCUUCGCCGGGUUGGCAACUGUACUAGUGCUGAUAGAACGUGAUGUUACCCUAAGAAAAGUUAUAGACACGGAAUUCGGCCUAGAAGAUGGGAGGAAAUCGACCCACGAGGCAACCGCAGGACGGAAGGUGUGA